AUAUCUGGCUGGUCAAAACCCACUACCCUGAGAAAGAGGUAAGAAAGGACAAGAGAGAGAGAGAGAGAAACCAUGAAGUGAAAAUUUGGACAUGGGCACAUUGGGAUUUUAAUAUUUAAUGUUUUGUCCCUCAAUCCUUGCCAGAAACAGUGAAAACUCAUGAAAGUUUAGGACUUUUCAGGCCACCUUCUUCAAUCAAAGAGGACCCAUCAUUUCUUUUCUUUUUUCUUUUUCUUUUUAAUUAUUAUUUUUUUCUUUUAAUCUUUUGUGACCUGUUCAUGGAUCCCAAGGGCUCAAAGCAGCCACAAGCACAGGCACAGGAGUUACCCAACAAUUUCCUGAGCCUCCCACAGCCACACCAACAACAACAAGGGAACAUGGGAGAGAACAAGCCAUCAGAGGUGAAGGAUUUGCAGAUUGUGAUUGCUGAGAAAGAAGAGAACAAGAAGCUGCAGUUAGCACCAAAGAGGAGUUCCAACAAGGAUAGACACACCAAGGUUGAAGGGAGAGGAAGGAGGAUAAGGAUGCCUGCUCUUUGUGCAGCUAGAAUCUUUCAGUUGACCAGAGAAUUGGGUCACAAAUCCGAUGGAGAAACAAUCCAGUGGCUUCUGCAGCAAGCUGAACCAUCUAUUAUAGCAGCCACAGGAACUGGGACAAUACCAGCAUCUGCUUUGGCUGCUGCUGGUAACUCUGUUUCACAACAAGGGACCUCUUUAUCUGCUGGGUUACACCAAAAGAUUGAUGAAUUGGGAGGGUCCAAUAUUGGGUCAGGAAGUAGGACCAGCUGGACUAUGGUUGGAGGAAAUUUGGGGAGACCCCAUGUGGCCACCACAGGUCUAUGGCCCCCUAUCAGUGGAUUUGGAUUUCAGUCAUCAUCUGGUCCAUCUACACCAACUUUAGGCACUGAGAGUUCAAAUUAUCUGCAAAAGGUUGCAUUUCCAGGGUUUGACUUGCCUGCUACCAACAUGGGGCAUAUGAGUUUUACCUCAAUUUUGGGUGGAGGUAACCAGCAGAUGCCUGGUUUGGAGCUUGGUUUGUCUCAAGAUGGCCAUAUUGGGGUUUUGAAUCCACAAGCUUUGAGCCAGAUUUAUCAGCAGAUGGGUCAAGCUAGAGUACACCAACAACAACAGCAACAGCAGCACCACCACCACCACCAGCAUCAGCAUCAGCAGCAGCCUCCUACUAAGGAUGAUUCCCAAGGUUCAGGACAGUAAGGUUUUUAUGGAUUUGGAUGAAAGAUGUAGCAUUGUCCAGAGGCUGAGGUUUUCUACAGUGGCUUUUGUAUUGUAUAGUUGGGGAGACUGUGAGGAAAUAGAUGUCUCAAGAGAAUUCAAUAGAAACUGGAUUUGGUUUACCUUUCCCCCUCUUAUUGUUCCUUCUCCACAGUACUUAAGUCUCCAGAUACAGCUUGCAGGUGGAAUUGGAUGGCCAGAUAGCUUGGCUGAUUGGGUCUGGCCUUAAACUAUUGUUUAAUUCAGAGGUGUGUUGAUUAUUUUGUUCUUCUCUAGGUCAGGAUGGAGUGCUGAUCAGUUUGUUUGUGAAAUUGAUGAUAUAGUUUCAACUUUCAUAAUCAUAUUUGUCAAAUUUCUUAUUGGAUUUGGUAGUAGUACUUUUAUCAUCUGAGAGAUUUUAAUCUGUGUGGAAUUGCUCUUGCAAAUUACAUGUGUGAACUGUGGCUAUCUUCCACACCCUUUCUGCACUUAAGCUGCUUUCUUGUUAUCAUUGGGGUGAUUUACCAUCCCUUAACAUACAACUUGACAGCUUUCCUUCAAAAUUCAUCACUUGGGAGGAUCUUUCCUUUUUCUUUUUUUUUUUGAAA